AUGAUUUUGACCGGGCCUGGAUUUGGAGACUCGUUCGUUCCCGCCAGGCACGGCAAUCUUACGGGCAAAGCUGCUUGUCCAUCUGCCCACAAUAGGUGCUUGCCGUUGGAAAUCCCGGAAUGGCUUGUCAAUGCUCAUAGAUCUCGUAGCUGUGCGGGUAGAAUGCAUAUUUUUCUUCUCGGUAUAAGAUCCGAAGCAACUUCCUGUCUGCAGUGUUUGUCUUUCCUCAUCAUCACCACACAACAGCAACAACAUUCAACAGAGUCUCGACUCAAAAACACAACUCUCAACUCCAUCCUUUGUACGAGUGUAUCAUUAAAAGCCUCUCUCCUCAACACUUCAAAAGUCUACUCGACUCCUUUUCACAAAACCCACACAUCACUCAAAAUGUCUCCCGCCUUCGCCGCCCGCACUGCCGCUCGCAUGGCCAUUCAGCGCAGACAAUUCUCUCUCCUGACCAACAUGCGCAAUGUUGCCCGCUCAUUUGAGCCUCAUCCCUUCCAGAGAAUGUCCCAGACCGGCGUUCAUGCCAAACCUUUCUACGGCGCCAUGAUCCAGAAGCGUCUUGUAACUGCCGCCAUGUUCUUCCCCCUCGCCAGCUUUAUCCUUGGCUGGCCCUACCUCACUUACCUGCUGUUCGACGGCCGCAUGUAA